GAAAGAUGGCGGCGCCGGGUCUCCCCACACCGCUGCACGGACACGUGGGCCGAGGCGCCUUUCGCAAUGUGUACGAGCCAGCGGAGGAUACGUUCCUGCUGCUGGACGCUCUGGAGGCGGCAGUGGCCGAGCUGACAGGAGUGGAAAUAUGCCUUGAAGUAGGGUCUGGAGUGGUAUCUGCAUUUCUAGCCUCCAUGAUAGGCCCUCAGGCCUUGUACAUGGGCACAGAUAUCAACCCCGCGGCGGCAGCUUGUACCCUGGAGACAGCACGCUGUAACCAAGUCCACAUCCAGCCAGUGGUUAUGGACUUGGUCAAAGGCUUGCUACCAAGAUUGAAGGGAAAAGUUGAUCUUCUGGUGUUUAAUCCACCCUAUGUGGUGACUCCACCUGAAGAGGUGGGAAGUCACGGAGCAGAGGCUGCCUGGGCGGGUGGCAGAAAUGGUCGAGAAGUCAUGGACAGGUUCUUCCCGCUGGCUCCAGAUCUUCCGUCACCAAGAGGAUUAUUCUAUUUAGUUACCAUUAAAGAAAAUAAUCCAGAAGAAAUUUUGAAAACAAUGACAACCAAGGGUCUACAAGGGACUGUUGCACUUUCCAGGCAAGCAGGCCGAGAAGCCCUCUCAGUCCUGAAGUUCUCUAGGUCCUAA